CUUUGGGAGUGAACGUAGCUUACGUAUUAGCACGCAGUAAAACUUUUUUUUUCCACAGAAAGCCCGGAUGUAAACAGUGUUUUUCCCAGUAAUUAGCGGAAUAUAAUUGUUUGUUGUAAAAUAAAAAAUAUGGAAAACGCGGAGUGUUCUAAUGAUUCAGACAGCAAAGCUUCAUUUGUUUUAAGCAAUCUGCCUGAGGUAGUGGAGAAGAUCCUUAGCUUUUUGCCUACGAAAAUGCUUCUCCGCAGUACUUGUGUAUGUCGUCUUUGGAGAGAGAGUGCUCGUAGAAUAUUAAAAACCCAACAGUCAAUGGCCUGGGUUACAGCAUCUGAGUUAGGGGCUGGAGAAGGUCAUGCUCUGGUGCGAGAUUUGGCUCGGGAACUUGAGAUGGUGCAUGUUUUGCCGCAGACUGUUUUGUAUGUAGCAGACCUGGAGACCUUUUGUGGACAAGAGGACACUCGUGAAAGAAAGAAAGCAAGAAGAAACAGCUCUGCAGAAACAGCAGCUGCUUUGGAAAGGCUACUUCCUCGAGGAUGUCAAGUGGUAGGCGUUGUAGCCCCUGGAAUUGUGGCAACUCCAACAGCCUCUCCUAAUGUUCGGCCUCUGGAAGUUGAAGAAGGAGAGGCUGGGUUUGCCCUGCUGUUUCCCAACAUGGAUGGAGUACAGAUUCGUACAUUCUGUAUUUCAAAUCGAAGCUGCAGCAACAAGAGUCUUGACAAGAAUAAGCUUGCUGAAGCAGGCCUGAUCAACAAUCCAGACUUAAAAGCAGUGAUUGUACUUGGUUAUGGCACAUGGAAAGCAGGUUUCUCACGAUUACUUCAGGAUGUGCUGCAGCCACUGAAUGAAAAGAUUAUCAUCAUUGCUGGCGGUUUUGUGGAGAAGCUUACUUCUUUCAAUUUUCAAAGAAAUUGCCUCCAAGAUUCCUAUGGUGUGACUGGAUUGGCUUUUAGUGGAGCCCAAGUGCAAGGAGCUAGUGUUAUUCUGUGUCAAGAUGUGAUGGAUGUGAAAACUGCAGAAGCGGCCAUGCAGCAGUUGAAGGCAGCUGGCAUUCCUGAGAAGAACACCAUUGGCUUCAUGUUUGCCUGUGUGGGCAGGGGCCAGCAGUACUAUGGCAAUAAAAUGAAUGUUGAGGCAGAUGCUUUCAGGAAGACCUUUCCAACUGUUCCUUUGUUUGGCUUUUUUGGAAAUGGAGAAAUUGGGUGUGAUCGAAUAGUGACAGGCAGUUUCUCUCUCCGUGAAUGUUCCAGCCGGUUAAAGGAUGAACUUAUUCAUUAUUACACUACUAUAACUGUUCUCAUUCAUUUAGGAUCCACAAAGGAAGACUAUCAUUAAGGCAUUCUCUGUGAUGGAACAUUAAUGGCCUAUGUUUUUAAUCUGAAAACUUUCCAGAAGCGUCUUUAGACAAGACAAGCUGUAUUGCAUACAUUCUGCCCUACGUAAAACUGUAUCAUGAUAAAAUGCUAGACAGUGUAACAUAGCUAGUGAUUGCAAUGGUAAAGUUUCUUUUCCAUUGCUUGAAUUUACAUAUAAACCAGGAAGCUUGGAAAUUACAGAGGGAAAGAAUCGGACCAUGCAAGUUAAUUUGGCUGCUAUCGAAUACCCUGGAAAAUUUUUCUGUUCCAAGAUAUAAACAGCUUGGGAAAAGUAAUACUAUAAAGUUCAGGAAUGCCUCAGAUGUGCAUUUCUGCAUCAAAUAAAAAAAUUAUAGUUGUGGUAGUUUCCGCUUUAUGUAGCACUCCCCAAUGAAAGAGAAUACCAGGGGAUUACUGCUUGCUCACACUGAUGACUACUGCUUUGCCUUACUGCUGUUCAUCAUCUGGUUUGAUUUCAUUUGUCCACACCACUUUUGAUCAAUUUUUAAAUAGUAGCAGACAUAAUCCAUGCAGCAUGCUUUGAGAUUAUAGUGGUUGGGUUUUGAAUCACUUUUGUGGUGUCAUUGUUUGUCACAAGACUUUUGUGUGUUGUUAACUACAAGAAGUAGUUAACAAAUAUGACUUAACUGUAUAAAACAAAUGGUGCAGUUUCACCUUUUUUUUCUUAAAGAACAAUUCAGCUGUGCUUCUUGUUUUAAUCUGCUUUCAGCAGAUAGCACUUGGAUUAACGUCUGCAUCAUUGCAUUUGGUGGUGACAGUUGUCAGCGGUUCGUUAUUGUGGAAGGGCUACCAUAUUGGGAUGCCUGUUGGAUCCAGUUUAUUCAGAACAAGAAUAGUCAGUUGUAAUCAAGUGUGCUAUGAAAUCAGUGUGAUUGUGGAACUGUGGGUGCAAGGAGAUUUCUCUGUAUACAAGGGUCUCAUAGUUUCAGAAAUAGUAUAUUUAGAGAUAUGGUGGUGUGGGAGGUUUGCACCCCCACACCGCCUCUCCUUAAAAAAAUGCCUCUUUUUUUUUUAAUACUGUCAACGUCAAGAACUUGAUUUGUUGGCAAGUUCAGUUGUUUCUGGUCCAACAUUGGUGCAAUGUUUAACCUAGAUUCUCUUAGGUUAUAAGUUCAAUUAUCCUGCAAUGUACGCACAAUAUGGAUUUCUUUACUAUCGAUGGAAGUGUCUGUCAACAGAGUGCUGUGAUAUAGUAGUCAAAGCAUAAUUGCUGGCACCACAGAGAUUUGCGGUGUGCUCUUGUUAUGUUAUUAUUUUGUUAAAUUGAGCAGAUAGGUUGCUCUGGCCAUUGUUACUUGUAACUGUUAUGAGUUUUAACAAGAUUAUACACCUUUUAAUUCUUUGUUAUAAUGUCCUUACUGCCAAUAGCAGCACAUUUUUAUUAACUUAUUCAUGGAGUCACAGUCUGUUUAGAAGUUGGAUUCAGCUCAUAGGCAUGGAUGGAUGGAUGGAUGGAUGAAUAAGAUCGAUGCUUAUAUAUUAGUGCUCUACACUGACUGUCAUGUAGUUAAAUGCUUGUGCAGGACUGUUGCUGUUCUAUUGGCAACCUGGCUUGGACAUGUAUAUGCAUUAUUUCAUCCCCUGACAGACCACCUGUAUUUAUGUUCCACCUCCAUAUUGCAUGCAUUGAUACUACAUGUCUGAUUUAGCCACUUCUGUUUUUACAGACACAACUGAAACCUCACGAUUACUGAAAGUGUGCAAAGGUUCGCAAUUUUACAAAACCAUCACACUCUUGAAAGGAACACUGGAGUAGUACUAGAGUGUUAGAGCUUUUAUUUGGUUAUUCUCUUGAGCCUUCUUUAGUCAUGAAAACCAAGAUAGUAAACUAGAACCUUUUUAGCCACACUUGAUAUCUCGUGAUCUACUCACCACUUAUCAAGACUCUUAGCACAUUGAACUGUUCAUAACUUUGAAACUUUCAUUUUUAAAAUGCAGAUAUUUAUAGAGCCAUUAAACCAUGGAGCAAUAAUGACACCUAGACUAAACUGCCAGUGUAGCUGUUUGCUUUCAGGCAGCGUCAAGUCCACCACUGCCCCCCUUCCAACCCUCAGUAGACAAAAAUAAUUUUUGAAACUGGGGCGACAUACUAGAGUAUCAGUUUAGAGUACUUGUUGCAUAGUGGGAACUUGUUUCUUACACUGAUUGUGCCUGCAUAUAUUCUGUUGUGAUCAGUGUACUACCAUGAUAAACUGAAUGAAUGUGUAAAUGAAUGAAUAAAUACAUACACCAGGAUCAUCUGUCGAGGAGACUUUAUAUUCCUUUCAUUGAUCAGUAAAGCAGAAGGUGAGAUUCAAAAAAUAGCAUUUUGGGCAACUUUUGUGAACUUUGCAAGGUCUGCCAGAUGGUCAAUAUUUGAUGCCUUGUGUCGGCAAGACAUCUGUGGCUAUUUCUUCAUUUAUUUUUGGGUAGAACUACUUUGACAUUGCUGUCUUCUUUGCCAUGUGCAAAGUGAACCAUUUUAGCCUUCUCCUCUAAUCAAGGCACAGUUUUUCAUUAAUCAUUUCUUUGUACAGAACUGAUCAUCAAAGUAAGUUCCACAAAACCCUCUAACCAUUUCCUUGAUCAAAACUGACAACAACCCUUUUCUUAAUAACCCACUUGCACAUGCAUGUUUGCAAGUGUUUGCAGAGAGGCAAGUCCAGCUUUGCUACGUAGACUCCCUUACUUAUAUGUACUAACUCUUGCUCACACAACCGUGGGGAAAGGAGAAGCAUCCUAAUACAGUGCAUAGCAGUUUUGCACAAACAGUAGUACAGCAGUACCUAAAGUACAACAUGGUCAUUCGUCCUUGGAGGAAGGAAACCUCUUAUUCUGCUGCAGAACUGACUUGUCACAGCAAAAGGUGGAGAACGGGCAAGAGCAUAUUCCCACCAGGAAGGCUGUGAGUUGUAACAGACACAGAUGCACACGUGUUAGUGUGCAUGUUACACAUUACUGAUAUUAUCAGCCUCAUGCUCACCAGAAGAGCUAACGUUGUGUAGAAAUCCCUUAUGGAUGCCUUGAUUAUAACCUUCCAUGAUUGUUUUCUAGUAAGCAACAGAUGUGUUCAUAGGUUCAUAGGUUGGUACUAGGCUAUCGGCCCUAGGGCCUAUGCAAGCCUAGCCAUAACAAUUCCCUGGAUAUUUCUUCCCACAAUAUUUUGUUGUAUUGUGUGUAUUGUUGUUGGAAGGCUUGAUGAUUGGCAGGCAUGGGAAGGAAAAAAUAUAUGCUGUUUGCACUGGACUUUUCCUCUUUGUGAUCUAUCUUGGAUUGUUGCAAACCCAUACGUAAAUAGAUGGCAUGUUCACUCCAGUGCAGCCUUAUUAUUUUGUUUAUGCUCCAGAUGUCAAUUACAGUACUGCUUUGACAGGUGAUAUAAUACUUUUAUUGUGAUCUGUGUCUUGUUGCACAUUCUUAUGUAUUACCAUGAAAGUCCUGCCUUCCAUGGUGUUACUGGUUUAAUUGACAAAAGGGUGUCACCAACAGGGUGUCUACCAGUACUUAGAAUAGGUGAAACCUACUCCACACACACCCACACCUAUUUCCUUCCUGCUUUCAUGUAAUAGACUGCAGUGAUCUGCUUGUUUUAUUAAUCUGUACAUCAGAAGCUGCACAUUUAUUCCACAAUGUUCAGUAAGCAUUUGACAAACUGACUGCCUAAAGACUGCUACCCCACCAAAACACAACCUGGCCAGCAUUUUAAGGAUCACGGUGUAAUUUCUCAUGUAAUACUGCCUCAUAUCAACUCCGUUCAACUCUUGCUUCAGUAUUGUAUGUGUUUGUUAUCCUUAUAAGACUUCAGAUAGUCAUGAAUGGAAUACUGUCUGGACCAUGUGAAAAGUAUGUGGGGUUUCAACAGACCCCUGCAGAUUUUUAUAGGCAUGUCGUUUUCCUAACCUUCUGCUGUUCUUUUCCCAGUCAUGUUUUCUGCAGCAGUUAGGUUUGUUCUCACCAAAUGUUCCAGCUAUCCUGUUUUGCACAAGGAAAAGGAACUUGUAUGUUCCACCCAUUUCUUCUCCUUCACUGAAGUACUUUGUGUUGAUGUCCUCUUAUUCCUAUGUUGCAGUAUUCUUAGUGUGGAAUUUCCCACCUCAGGCAACGGAAUGUCGGCUCCUAUACAAAAGCUUAGGCCUGGCUGCUGAACGUGUGUGGGACGUCACACACAGGGCCAUAAACCAGGGACCUUAAAUGUUAUGUCUGCACGCACAGACCUCAGAACUUUUUAACCGCAAUCGAUGUCUCAUCGAUCGCUUCACUCCUCUACUCGAAGACUUCUAAAGCUAAGUACCCCGUUGGGGAUUUUCGCCUUUUAUUUGCUGGAGCUUGGUUUGCUGUUGUUACUGUUAGCCGAUGUCAGCUAAGAAGGAUAAAUGUCGAUGCAGGAGCCAGAUGCCGCAUAAAGAUAUGCACGACUGUUGCAUCUUUUGUCUAGGCUGGGAGCACGACCAUACCGCUUACUCCAUUUGUUAUUCUUUUGUACCGAAGACCCUUAGUAGCAGUCUGGCCACCCUUAACUUAUACUUGGUAAACCAGAGUCUCAAAAAACUUAGGAUGAAUCCCGAAUCGGCCGCUGCGAUGGUGCCACCACAGAAAAUGGCCAAGGUUUCUAAGCCAACUUUCCUCUGCUUCUCUGCCAUCGGACAUCAUGCCAGCUUCUGAUGUAGGGGUUGAGGGACGUCCAACAGAACUGUCUACUUGGACAGCCCCCCUCAAGGAAGCCAUUUUGGAAGUUACGGCCAGAGCGUCUGCAGCGAUAGCCCUGAUGUCUGUCCCAACCGAUGUCAAGGGGGAACCAGAUAUCGCUGGAUGACCCACCGGAAUACCACUGCCUGAAAUCCCUACCAUUUCCCAGGCUCCUGAACCCAUGCCUUCCCCGAAGUACACCUGUAAAAAGGAAACAAAAACAAAACACCGGACUCCACCUACUGGAGUCGCAGACUGGUAAUCAUUUACCAGGUCCUUGAUGCAAGCCUUCAUAGCCCUUCAGCCCACAGCCACUUCCCCUUCUACUAUUCCAGUGCUUAAUCCCAGGCCUGCUUCUGCCCCUUCUCUCCCUUUGCCUACUGCCCAGGAAGGAGAGGAAGAACAGGAACGGUACUACUCAUCUUCUGAUUAAUCAGUCUCCUAUUCCUCACAAAUUGCCUCCCCUCUUUAAUACUAUUCCCCAGAUGAGGAAUCCAUAGAAGGUGACUCCCUUCCAGAAGGUAUCACCUUUGGGGAGACUAUCACAGAAAUGAAAGAAUACUUUAAAUGGGACACUUCCCAAAUGACACCCAAAGAAGGUACUUUGAACUCCUCCAAGUGGAAUCUCUUUCGUCCUCAGCCAUUCCACUUGUCAUCCCUGCCUACCUUGAUGCUUUCACCUCAGCAUCAAAGAACCCAGACUCACAGCCCCCAGCCCCUAAGAGACCUGACUGGUUCGACAAUCCAGAUGAACAGAAAUUCCUAGUAAAGCCACCCCUGGCAGACCCUGCUGUCAUUGCUGUAUCCCCUGAUAAGCAGUCUAGACAGAUUCCUUCAGUAUCUCUUCUGCCCACUGAUAAAGAUAGCAAAUGUGUGGACAGGAUAGGAAAAAAAAGGUUUACACCUCCUCCACCCUAGCCUUCCGAGCUAUCAACUAUCAAACCCAUAUGAUUAAAUAUGCCUUGGACCUAGUCUCACACGCCUCUACUCUCCUGGCAUCCACCCCUGAUUGUCCCACUAAAUCUGAGAUGGCAUUUAAAUUGUCCCUGGCUUCCCAGGUAGCCAGACAAUUCUAUUAGAUGCAGUUACAAUGCAGCAGAGGCCUCUGCUAGGUCUGCUGCUUAUGCAUUAGUACUCCGCAGAUGCUCUUGGCUACACCUCUAAACCCCUACCAGAGGAUUUCAAGUCCAAAAUCCUAGACGCCCCUGUUGGUAAACAGUCUGCAGACCUGUUCAAAAACCUGCAGGAAAAAAGUAAAGUGCUUCAGGACAUCAAGCACUUGCUUGUGUCCCCCAUCCCUAAAUACUACAGGAAUUUCCCAGCUAAGACUACCUUUGUCAGGAGCCCCCCUCAUUUGCUACCCCUUCCAGCAUAGGAGAGGAAGUAAGAGGCAAACCUCCUCCAGACCAGUUGCCUCACAAGCCAGUCAAAGACAGCCUUUUCAAGAUAGAAGUGGCCCCAACAAUGUGUGACUGCCUUGCCCAACUUCCCUUGUCAGCCCUCCUUUCCUACUGCUUUCCCAUUUGGAAAUUCAUCACAUCAGACCGCUUGGUACUGGCAAUCAUACAAAAUGGAUAUUUCCUUUCCUGGAAGAAAACCCCCCUUCCAAGGGGUAUUCCUUUUCCCCAAAAAAAUCAACUCCAUCUCUUCCCUCACAUACUGCAAGACCUUCUGAGAUUAGGAACCAUAGAACCUGUCCCUCCAGGCCAGGAAGGAAAGGGCUUCUACUCGAGACUUUUUCUGGUCUCCAAAAAACAUGUCCUUUGGAGACUAAUAUUACAUCUAUCCUUCCUAAAUCUUUUUCCUAAAAUGUUAUCCCGUCAAACCAGUCUUCCUUUAUUGCCAGUCCAGGCAUUUAUAGCCACUCUAGACCUAAAGGAAGCAUAUCUCCAUAUUCUCAUAAAACCCUCCAACAGAAAAUUCUUACAUUUCACUGGGUCCUGCUCUCAUUUUCAGUUUACAGCCUCGCCCGUUGGUUUGUCUACUGCACCCAGGGUAUUUACAAAAUAUCUAGCCCCAGCCAUAGCUUUCUGCAGAAGCAAAGGUGUCCAUAUCUACCCCUACAUAGAUGACAUCCUCAUUCUAACAGAAACAGAGGACACCCUGCAAAAUCAUCUGAGGUUCACCACUUCCUACUUCACAGCUUGGGAUUCACCCUCAACCUCCCAAAAUCAUCCUUAAUCCCUCAGCAGGACACUAUCUUUUAUGCUGCAGGAUCAGAACAAACCUGAUGCGGGCUUUCCUCCCCCAGGACAAAGUCCUGUUACUCUCCACUCACUUUCAAACCCUGUUGCAGGUUCAUCAGAUAUCUGCAAGACAAUUCCUGUAAAUCCUGAGACUCAUGGCAGCCACCAUCCUGAUGCUGCCCCUAGCCAGAAUGCACAUGUGAAAGCUCCAUUGGUACCUGUAAAGUGUGGGCACACCACCAACAUUCCCUAGAGCAACAACUUACCCUCCUGCCCUGCCUAAAAGCAGAACUAAGGUGGUGGAGCCAUCAAGUACUUCUGAACCUAGGCCUUCCAUUACAACCACCCUCCCCAGCCCAGCAUAUGCAUACAGAUGCAUCAGACCUGGGGUGGGGGGCUGCCAUGAAAGGUUUCAUGGUACAGGAGGCCUGGAGUCCUACCCUCCAAAAGAAACAUAUCAAUGUAUUGGAAAUUACUGCAGUUCUUCUAGCUGUGAAAGCCUUCCUUCCUGUCCUUCAACUGGGCCCCUUCAGAUAUUCACAGACAGCACCACAGUCAUGUGAUAUCUCAACAAGCAGGGGGUCUACCUCUUGUGCUGGAUAACACUACAAAUUUGGGACCUCGCCUCCAGGCACAAUUUAACCCUGCAGGCAACAUGCAUCCCCUCUCAGGGCAACAAACAAGUGGAUAUUCUCAAUAGAACAUCCUCUCUACAGCACGAGUGGAUGUUGGACAGGGGUACCUUAAGAGUGGAUGUUGGACAGGGGUACCUUAAGAGUGGAUGUUGGACAGGGGUACCUUAAGAGUGGAUGUUGGACAGGGGUACCUUAAGAGUGGAUGUUGGACAGGGGUACCUUACGAGUGGAUGUUGGACAGGGGUACCUUUCUAGACAUUGUCCAUUGGUGGGGCGCACCUCAGGUGGAUCUGUUUGCCUCCCCGCAGGACAGACUGUUGAUAAAACUCUGCACGAAGGACCACUCUCCACUUGCCUGGAGGGUAGUUGCCUUCAGCAUUCCAUGGAAGCACGGUUUCUAUAUGCUUGCCCACCCUUCCCUCUCAUUCAAAAAGCCCUCCCGAAAAUCAGGAAGGAUAGACCAAAAAUCUUACUGGUGACUCCCUACUGGCCAAGGCAGCACUGGUUCCCUUACUUCUCUCAUUAGCCAAGGGCAAUCACCACAAGUUACCCCACAAGGUGGACCUUCUCACACAACAAAAGGGAACUCUAAUUCAUCCUCACCAGCAGAUGUUAGGCCUAACAUUCUGGGUGAUAAACCUCUAAUCCCUUUCCGACACCACUACUCAACAGGACAUGCUUUUAGUCCUGAGGGAGGCCAGGCAACCAACUACUAGGAAAUCCUACUUAUCAAAAUGGGAAAGAUUCUCCAAAUGGUGUCUCCAUAAGGACAGGCACCCCCUGCCAGGCAGAUUCCCACAGUCCUUACCUAUGUGUGUGAACUAAUUAAGACUGUUUUUUGUACUCUUCAGUAAAAGUCCACCUAUCAGCAAUUUCAGCCUACCACUACGUUCUGAGGUCUGUGCGUGCUGAUGUCACAUUUUAGGUCCCUGGUUUAUGGUCCUACAUGUGACGUCCCACACACCUACAGCAGCCAGGCCUAAGCUUUUGUAUAGGAGCCGAUGUUCGGGUCGCCUGAGGUGGGCAAAUCCCACACUAACAAUACUGCAACAUGGAGGAGAAGGACAUCUAAGGCUAUGGUAAGAUUCUACGCAACUAUUCUUUCUUAGUGGGAGAUAACACACCGGAAAUACACUGUUAUGAUUUGUUCCCUCCAUCACUAGGGACACUAGGUAAUAUAUUUAUUUAUUUGUCUUUGUUGACUGGAGAAGUCAAACUGGCCAGGGCCCAUUUUUAGUGGCAGUCCAGGAGUAAAACCUCCAGCAAAUUAAAUUUACAUUACGUAUGACAUAAACAUAAUUUGCAGAAAUCACAUUGACAGUAAUAAGCAUGUAAUGUCCAGAAAUAUAACCGUGUUCCUCAGCAGGUAAGAGAGCAUGAGCCAUCAACACUGCUGUCAGUUUUCACCAGUGCACUAGGCCUGCUUCAUGGGUAGUUGCUAGGCAUGCAGUCCAGGAGACUGUUUUAGGGGCCCCAGACCAAAUUCCAUAUUGCCCUAAAACAUUGUCAAAGUGACUUGCUCAAGGUCGCACAGUAGACAGAUAGAGACUGAGAGAAACAAACUCUGUACCACAGGAAGUAGCUCAUUAGCAGAUCAUAGCAUUAAUUAAAUAGCUGACUGCCUGCUAAGUUCAGUAUUUGCAGACCCUGCUUCUGACAGGCAGUGUAUUGACACUUUUAAGAAAAUAUUUCUCAUUUCUUUUUCAAAAAUAAUAUAAACCACAUAUUUUUACACUUUAGCAUAAUAGGACUUUGUGAAAACUGUUUUCUUUCAAUUGCUUAUCAGGUGAAAAAUUUCUUGAUAGGAUGUCUAAGGUUCUUUUGUAUAUUUGUUGCUUAUAUGUCAAGCAGCAUAACUUGCAUAACAUGGAUGUUUCCAUCCAGGAGCACUCAGAGCUUCUAUUAAUCAUUUUCUGAGCAGUGUGCAGUUUACAUGUUAUGGAUACAUCAUUCAGUGACCAAGUCCUUUUCAGGGCAAUAUGUAGAUUUUGAUUUGUUUGAACAUGUCACAUCAGCAAGCCACAGAAGGACAAGCCCUUUCAGCUAAAUAUGCUGAAAUCCAAAACUUUCAUGUCUUAAUGCGUAGGUUUGUGAAUUUGAAAUUAGUUGUAUGAGGGAGAGCAGGAGGCUUGCCAGUGUUGCAAGAGAAAGUUGUGGAUUUUAACUGUUUUGCGUUAACUGGGUUGUAGGAUCAUGGCUACGUGAAAGUGAGUUGAAAUAUACCGUAAUUGCAUUGGCUGUGAAACCUGGCUGUAUGGAAUAGAAGAGCUAUUUCUUCAUCCUGUAGCAUUUUUUUUUUUUUUUUACAACUUCCAGCUUCUCCCAUGCACUGUUUUCCAUUAAGUAGACUUCAGUAAGCAUCAGUUGUGCUGGCAGGUUAGAAGUUAGAGUGAUUUUUUUUUUCCAGCAUCUGUGGCUAAAACCUCUUUGUGACUUUCCUUCCUGGUUAGCUGUAUCUUCAGUUAUCUUGUUACUUGCUCAUCCUGGUCUCAGCAUUCCUUGUUAAUGGUCAGAUUCAGAGAAAAUUGCCACUGUGCAGUCAGAGUUUGCAGUUUUGAUCAUUCAUCUAGAGUGCCUGGUCAGAUUGGCAGUGGAGUUAUCUAUUUUGCUUCUUGAUGUAAGUAGCAGGUUUCCUUCCUAGAGGUAAUGUUAAGUACGUAUACUGUUCCAGAAGAAUGCCAGGCAGUUCUUUCCAUGAGCAAAAAGCUGUGCCUUUUCUUGAUGUUUCUGUUAACAAGGAGUCAGGGGGGAGAACCAUUCUUGACAUAAGAAAUAGUGGAAUUCAUUCAUUUUUGCUUUCCCUUUCUUGUUUCCUUCUUUCCCUGUUGAGCAGUAGUUUUGAUGUGCUGUAGGGAUAUGCAGAGUGCAUGCAAGUGCUGCAAGGAUAUUCCUUAGUUUAAGAAUAGGAGACAUGAUUCCACUUUUGGAUGCUUCUAUGUAGCUUGCUUAUCCUGUGCCCCCAAGACUUUUACAAAGGUCAUUUAUGCAGCAGUAGUAAUGUUUGAGUGUUCUGGUCCCGUUUUAAAUGGACAUUUACCUGUUAGAGGCUGUCUUACAAGAUGGUCUGGUGGAGGUGGUACAGAAAAGGCUUCAGAAUAUUUUAAUUUAGGUUUAUUUGGUUAGGGAAAUCACAGUUUUUUUUAGGCAUUGUGAAUGUAUCUCUUACUCAGUAGCUGUCAUACACUGGGUUUUAUUUGAUUCUCACAUGGUAAAGACUUUUCUCCUGGAGAAGGUGUUAGUAUAACGGUUACUUAAAUAUGACUGGGCGAUUCCUGGUUAUGUCAGGCUUUCUUCAAUUAAGGCAUUUUAAUGUACUGUAGCAUCAUACUUUGCCAUUACAUUUUCUGGAAGUGUGUGGUAAUGGUACAAUUUCAUAAGGAGUUGUGGCUUAUCUGCAGUGGUCUUUCUCAUUCAGCAUAAUGAUCUAAAUCAGUUUAUUUAGAGCAUUUUAGAUUUUACUUAAUGAAUUUCUCUGCAGUGAAUGACACAUUAGUUUUCAUUCCUUUAUACCCCCUUGUAGAAGUUUUUUAUGAUUUCUAGGUGGCAUGCUUGGAACGUGGCCACCUGCCAUCAACCCACACAGUUAUAGCAUGGUAGCAUAAGGAGAACUCCUGGCCUUGUGCUCCUUGGUUCUUUCUUGCCACCCAGCACAGAGUUUUGUGUGUUACUUGCUCUGUUAGAUGGUACAGUGUGCUGAGAUUUUUUUAUGUGGGCCUGAAAAGUGACUGUGUUGAGCUGACUAGUGUUUGCUUCUGCAGGAAGCUCUCUGACAUCUGCUUUUGCAGUGGUUAAAAAAAUAAUUUUACUUUGUCUUUCUUACUGUGUCUGAUACAUGGGCUAAGAGUGACAAAGAUUUUGUCUUAAAGUAUAUGUUGUCAAAAUGUAACUGAAAGGAAUUCUUCACAAAGAUGUACAAUAAAGACAAGGGUUUGAGCAUUAAAAAAGUAUGGUUUUAUUGUUGGAGUAACAAAUGUGUGUUUUCUUUGUUUUUUUGUUUUUACUGUACACAUUCCUGUAAUCCUUUUUUUUUUUGUAAUAAAUUGUCAUUUGAUGUGCUCAUG